UAUCAAAACUUUCCCAAAAAAGAAAAUUUAAAAUUUAAAAAGGAUUAAAUGAAUAUUUCUAAAAUAAACAACACUGAAAAAUAAAUAAGCAAGGACAGAAUCAGUAUCACAAUUCCUAGCUUUUUCAACUCUCUCUCUCUCUCUCUCUGCACUUUAUUAAUCGUUUUGUUACAUAAUUUGCUAGAUAAAUUGUUUCACAAUUUAUGUCAGACUUUAGGCAAUUUUCUAAAGAUUCUCUCUCUAACUUGACCAAUAUGUUGGUCAAUAAAUUCGAGCAGAGAUGAGUUUCUUCAGAGGACUUGUCGACUCAUUGGGCUCGGUGUUCUCCAAUUCGUCUUCUUCCUACGAUUCUCAGCAAAACCCUAAUUCUUCCGGUAAUCGAACAAUGGAUGACGUCGCUGGGAAUUCAGUUUCUAACGAAAGGGUUGCAUACAAGCUCAAAGGGUACUUCGAUUUGGCCAAAGACGAGAUCGCGAAGGCCGUUAGGGCUGAAGAAUGGGUUUUGGUUGAUGAUGCGAUUGUGCAUUACCAGAACGCUCAACGCAUAUUGAUCGAGGCCAGCUCCACCACUGUACCUUCAUACAUCAGCUCUAGUGAAAGAGAGAAGGUGAAAUCUUAUCGUCAAAAGAUAUCAAAAUGGCAGGGCCAAGUUUCAGAGAGACUUGAAACUUUAAGUCGGCGAACAGGUGGCAUGCCGAUAAACAAGAACACAACUCAGACUGCCGCAGUUCCAUCAAAUGUGUCUAACUCUAGAAAAGAUGCAUUACAGAAGGCUUCUAGUUCUCGUAGUUCUGGUUCAGUUGCAAGGAAUCAGACUAACAAAGUCGUAAGCUCGAAACCUGUGCAAGAAUCUGGUACUGGUUAUGAUGCAAAAUUGGAGGAAAUGAUAAACUCUGUGAUCGUGGACAGAAGUCCUUCUGUUAAAUGGGAAGAUAUUGCUGGCCUUGAAAAAGCAAAACAAGCUUUACUGGAAAUGGUAAUCCUUCCAACUAAAAGAAAAGACCUGUUUACCGGCCUUCGAAAACCAGCUAGAGGUUUGCUUCUUUUUGGUCCACCUGGCACUGGGAAGACUAUGCUUGCCAAAGCAGUCGCCUCAGAGUCAGAGGCUACAUUUUUUAACGUUUCUGCUUCUUCCCUAACGUCAAAAUGGGUGGGGGAGGGUGAGAAACUUGUCCGGACUCUCUUCACGAUUGCUAUAUCAAGGCAGCCAUCUGUAAUUUUCAUGGAUGAAAUAGAUAGUAUCAUGUCUACAAGAACAGCUAAUGAGAAUGAUGCAAGCAGAAGAUUAAAAUCAGAAUUUCUAGUUCAGUUUGAUGGGGUGACUUCAAAUUCUGAUGAUCUAGUAAUUGUCAUUGGUGCAACUAAUAAGCCACAGGAAUUGGACGAUGCAGUUCUGAGGAGAUUGGUAAAGAGAAUAUACAUUCCUUUGCCAGAUGCACAGGCUAGGAGAAUUCUUUUAAAGCACAAACUCAAGGGCCAAGCUUUUUCCCUACCUGGUGGAGAUCUAGAAAGACUUGUGGAAGAGACAGAAGGGUAUUCUGGAAGUGAUCUACAAGCCUUGUGUGAAGAAGCUGCAAUGAUGCCAAUCAGGGAGCUUGGUGCAAACAUUCUCACCGUUAGGGCAAAUCAGGUAAGGCCGUUAAGAUAUGGAGAUUUUCAGCAGGCAAAGACUGUUAUUAGACCCAGUUUGCAGAGAAGCAAGUGGGAAGAGCUUGAACAGUGGAACCGGGAGUUUGGCGCUAAUUAAUUGCCUGUAAGGUUGUCGCAUGUACAAAGUCUUCGACCUAAAAUUAUUUGGCCGUGGACAGCAAGAACAACAAAAUACAAUGCAAAUGGUGAAAAAGGAAAAGGAGAAUGGGGGGAUCAGCUUCAACAUGUUAACGUCACGCCUUGCAACCUUUAAUCUUAAACUGAAGUUGAAUUCUCUGUAUUCUUUUUCACAUUCGAGAUUUUGUGGAAUAAUUUGAUUGUAAAUAUGCUCAAGCUCAAUUAAUACAAGUGUAUGAGCUGUUAUAUA